GUGAGAGGUGGGAAGAAAGUGUCAUGUGCUGAAUGUGUGUAUAGUCAGCUGAUGUGAGUGUUCAUGUGUGAAUGGGCUUUUGUGAGUGUUUGUAAAUGCUGGGAAGGAAAAUAAAUAUCACAGUACGCUGACAGAUGACUGGAAAGAGCCGAUACCCAAGGCAGGCUUGGAUAAAUUUAAAGGUCACUUACUAACGUGUGUCCUCUAUUUUUAAUCACUGUGAACAGAUAUGAAAUUAUUAAAGCCAUAACAAAAAAAAGGCUUCAUUUGAAGCAGAGAUGAUAGCUAACCCUUUCAGAAGAGUGGAAAGAAAAGAUGAAUUGUGAAAGCUGUAAGAAGCAUUAUAUUAUUAUUAUUUUUUUCAGACAGCAGUAUAUCCCUUUGACAGAAAGCUUCCUUAUGGAAGCUUAUAACUCCUGUGGGCCUAGCUCUAUUUGAAAAUUAUGAAGUCAGAGGGAGUCAAACACUGAUAUAUUUCUUUGUCUUUAAUAAACAACAGGAAAUAACACUUUCUGUAUAGCUCUUAUUGAACUUGUUAUAAAUAUCUGUGCACUGUGAGUAUGAUGAGUUUACUUCUGUUUGGUGAUCCUCUGCUGCUGUUGACGCUGCACAUUUCCUCACCAUGGGAUGAAUAAAGGUUUAUCUUAUCUCUUAACAGACCUUACCACUCAAUCAUAGCAUUUUGUUUUGCAUUUGCAUUUGUUUUUUCUAAUGGUGAUUUGUUGAAUGUGAUAACAGUAAUGAAUGGAGGAGACUAGAGGAGCAACGGUUAAAUGACUGGAUCCAAAGAAACACACCUCUGCCCCCUUCUGGUUUUAGUGUGUACCUGAAUUCAUAUUCACCAAAAUUCAGUUUCAUUUUAUGCAUCUCUGUGGUUUUAAUUUAUUAUGAAAGAAAAAUUCAACUAAAUUUAAAGCAACUUUCUACCAGGUGUGAUAUAUUUUAUCUGUGCUAACUAGUAAUCAGGAUAAAUAAACCAUCCAUGCUCCAUCCAUGUAGGACCUGUUGAGGUUUUUAGUUACAGGCCCAAUGUUUUAAGACAUUUUCUGCUAAUUGAAACUCAUUUUAUUUCUGACUUUCCUCUUGGAAUACAAACAGACAACCUGACAGCCAUUAGCAUUAAGUUUAAUUUUCAGACUUCAUUCCACUCUCUGUUUAAUUUUUAAAAUGAUUUUGUUUUCACCUUUUGUAACCCUCUAAUCACGACGCUCACCAAACCUGAGAGAACCCACCCAGUCUGCCAGCCCACCUCCCUCCUGUAACCCAGCAACCCCAGUGCCCAGAGAAGCAGCUUAGAAGCUCAGAGGAGGAAAGAGAUAGAGGAGCAAGGACCAGAAAACAACAAACAUAAAUCAAUUUACUCCACUCAAAGUUUAAAUUGAUUUAUGUUUAAUCAGUGGCUAUAAAAUGACAUGUACCAGUGAAUGAAUAUGUCAAAACAAGGUAGAAUAACCCGACCAGAAGAUGACUCAUUAUUGAACCUUUUUCCUGACCCUAUGCCUUCCUGAUGGCUCACAGCAACCAGACUAAGAGGUACUGUAUGUUAGAGCCUGAUGUUUAACAAUAACCCGAAAUGUUAUAAAAAGAAAAGUGUAAUAAAGCCUGAAAUAUAAUGACUGAUGUAAGUUAUUACGUUUUGGGGCUGGCACCUUGUUACAUUAUUGAGCAUUUAUUACAUUUUGGGGUUUAUUACAUUUUUUAAAAUAACAUUUAGGUCAUUGUCACGUAUCUGGCUCUAUCCUGCAACAAAGGGUUACCAACCAACUUCUCUUUUUUGUAAGCCUGUCCUCAUCAACAUGCUGCACUCACCCUCAUGAUCUGAACGCACUUUACCGACUGACUAACUCAGUUUUUUUCAAACAGCUCACUGCACCUCUGCAAGCUCACUGUGAGGCACAGACAAGAGAUGCAACAAAGUCAGCCCCACUUUUUCUAAAACAGACAAAGUUACAGCUAGAGGUGGAGCAUUGGCAUUGGUUACAGGCCAGGUCUUUUCCCAAAACCACGUGUACACCCUGGAUUGCAAGUGCGGGAUGCACUGCUAGAACAUCAGCCUGAACAGUGGCGCUCAAGUCUGUGCAGUGGAACAAGCAAUACAUUUAAUCCCAUUUACAUAUAAAGGUAACUCUUCCAGUCAGUUUAGAAAAGGCAACACAGAGCUGAGAAUAUAGUCCAAAGCCUUAGUAUUCCUCAGCCUGUUUUUGUUGGUGCAGUAAAGACACAUGGCUGUGAGACACAGAUUUUGGCCUUUCCUUGUGGGCUCUGCCCCAGUAAAAGUCUACUUAAGAGCAUACGGUCUACUUAUUGUAAUAAUUCAAGAAUAUAGAUACAAGCAUUUUCCUUUUCAACAUUCAACAUGUUUUGAGGAAUAAAUAUUGAAUACUACCAUGACAAAAGCCAUUCCUGAUUCCUUAUAAUGAGUAAUAAGAGAAAUUCCAGCAACCCAAAACAAAAAUAUAUAAUCUCCCAGGAAAUCUUGUAGAAACUUCACCUCACAAAAUUGAACAAUUAAAGUAAUGAAAAAUGCUAAUGCAAACUUCUCAACAACGUUGGAGAAUAAAUCUAACAAGGACAGCUCUGAUUAUUUCUCCUUUGGUUACCGACUUUAGUUUAUUUAUUUUUCUAGAUUAAGUUUAGAUAAAGUUAGAUUUUCUCUGUCAAUACCAUUUCAGUUGCUUGCCAGUUUAUCCGAGAAGGAGAGAGAGAGAUGGAAGAGAUAGAGCCUUGAUAUCUCCGACACUCUAGAGAGCGCUGUUUCAUUUCCACGUCCUCGCUAAGUCGAUUGUAGUACCGGAAGUAAACCUCGCACGUUCGAAGAAGAGCGUUUAUGUUUGGUGUGUGGGGGACCCAUGUGGCAACAACUUGCUUCAGAACUGAAGAAACAUUACUAGAUAUCAACAAUAAUAAAUAUAUAUAUGCCAGUGCAAUACAGCAGCCAUGCCCAAAAAAGGCAAAAAGGAAACGAAGGUAAAGGGAGCAGAGAAGACAGCUGCCAAAAUGGAGAAGAAGUUUUCAAAGAGGUCCAAACGAGAAGAGGUAAAGAACACUUGAGAAAAUACCAAAUGCUGUAUACUUUCUAUUUUAGAAGGACAUUCUGCUUUAUCGUAUACCCUCCGGUAUAAACUGCUCUUUAUUAGUAAAGAGUUGUUGCUGUAUUGGCUACCUGUUUUACAAUACUGUCUUGGUUAAAUUUUGCAGCAGUGUUAAAGUCACUGGUUUUUGACACACUGCUUUUUUUUAUUUCCUCUGUCCUUUCUGCUGUUUUCAGGAGGAUUUAGAGGCCCUCAUUGCUGAGUUCAAGAGUCUUGAUGCCAAAAAGACUCAAGUUGUGGAGACUAAAUGUCCUCCUCCAUCACCAAGGUUUCUUUAAUUCAUUUUUAUGUAAGAGGUGUCUAGUCUCUGGGAAAAAAUAACCUCAAAAUCUAAGGAAACUAUCAGCCAAGUUGCAAAGUAUGGAUGGACAGUCUGUGAAUAUUGUUGUUUUUUGAAGCUUUCACUUUAAAUCCAUUGAGGCAAAGAGUAUUAGUGUUUUUUAUUUUAGAUUAAAAAAAUAAUAAAAAAGAUUUAGAUUUCAAAGUAAAGAGUGCAUUGAGCCUUGUGGAGGAGCUAUCAGGUUACCCAGCAGCUUUGAACAACUGAAGUUUGUAACCUGUGACUCUAAAGUGAUUAACACAAAUGCCUUAUUAUUUUAAGACAAUAUAGGGUAUGUAGGAAAACAUAUAACUCAGUUAUUUAGGGAUAUUUAAUUAAUAAUUGAGGCCCAUUUUGAUGCCAAUAUUCUUUUGCUAUUUUACCAAGAAAAUUUCAAUGCAUGACAUUUAACGGUAAUUGGACUUGUAUUUAUAAAGUGCUUUUGCAUGAGCACUUAACAUUUUAGAUUCACUCAUUCACACCACAUUCAUUCAUUCACUGAUGGCAAAAGGCCACUACGCAAAGAGCCCACCAGUAUCAGCUCUCAGUCACACUGCUCGCACAGUCACCAGGACAGGUUGGGGCUUCAUGUCUUGCUCAAAGACAUUAUGACACGUAAUAAUGAGUCUAAAUUAUAGCAAGUGAGAAAUAACAUUUGCUAGUGAGUAGGGGGUUCAACCACCUGUGGAAGGGGAACUGGUAGUUUUUCUGAUUGGUUUUGAAGUAUGUAUGGGGCUUGAAAUUUGAUUUGAACCUGUGUUUUUUUUUUUUUUAGUGGGGAAAAAAGGGUCGAUCCUCUACUAAACACUUAAAUAACAUAGCACCACUCUGUUACUUGUCACUCAUAUGUCAUUUUGGUCAACAGUUUAUUGAAUUACACAUUCUUUAUUCAAAAAACUUUUUGUUGUACAUGUUUUUAUUCAAAAAAUGUACAACAAAAAAUCAAAAUAAAGGUCUAUGCUCUUGUUAACACUUAAACUACAUGAACUAAACUAAAACCUGCAAGCUUGCCCACCUUUGUCUUCACACCAGGUAGCUACGAGACCUGCCAGAACUUAAUACUUUGAUAUGAUACUAGUAUUAACAAUAGCUUUGAAUCUUGAAACUGUUACACAAAAUUUACUGGCUCUCUCAGUCUAUGGUAUUGUUUCAUGUUUUUCAGACUUAGUGCAUCUCUCUCUACACAUCCUGAAAAAGACGAGCUCAUCUUGUUUGGAGGAGAAUUCUUCAAUGGGAAGAAGGUCACCCUGUUUUUCAAAUACUUUCAAUAACGUCUUAAAGUGGCUCAUUUGCUUGAUUGCCUCUACUUUUCCUCUUUUUGUCAAUGUGUUGCAACAGCAACAACUUAAUAAAUUCACUCUUUCAAAAACCAUGUAUUGCUUUGUCUUUGCAGACGUACAUGUACAAUGAUCUGUUUUUUUACAACAUCAAGAAGAAAAGCUGGAUUAAAUCAGAAAUCCCCAACCCUCCACCUCCACGUUGCUCUCACCAGGUACUUCCAGAAAGACUUUCAGUGCACAUACUGAAAUAUAGAUCUGUCAUGUCUGUGGUCUUAUUCACUGUGUAACAAAUCAUCUUUAUCAUUAAAGUUGUCUCACUUUUCUUUGACCAUUUCCGUCUCCCUAGGCGGUGGUAGCACCCCAGAGUGGGGGUCAGCUCUGGGUGUUUGGGGGAGAGUUUGCCUCACCAAAUGGGGAACAGUUUUAUCAUUACAAGGACCUAUGGGUGCUGCACCUUGCAACACACACCUGGGAGAACAUCAAGUAUGAGUAUUGGAUCAUUAGAAAAACGACAUAAGGAAAAGGAGGUUUGAAUAGCAGAAGUUUUGUGUGAAAAUGGCGAUCGUGGGGCCUGAUUUACUAAAAGGUUUUUGUGUGUAAAAACGUGUAAAAAAUUUGGACAAGCUAAUACACUCACAGAGCACGGUGAGGAUUGAGUCUCUCAAAGCUGCGUGAGAACAUGUGUUUUCCAUUAAUUACAUUUAUGGAUCUACUAAAAUUAUUCAGACAUGUUUGUUUUCUUACUUUCCUUUUAAUCAAUAUUAUUUUUCUUCCUGGGGUUUUUGAUUUUUGGCAGAAUGCAUGUGUCUCUUUCCCCCAUGUGUGCUUGUCACCUCCAGUGUGCUUCUCUUCCCCCUUUAUGGUGCCCCAACUUCUCCACAGUGGGAUUUUGGUGGAGAGACCUCACCACUGCUUGAACAUCAUUUUUGCCUCUUUCUGGGCAUUUAUGGCCAUUUCCAGAUUAGAUACAGUGCUGACUAGCUGUCAAGUGUGUGUGUGUGUGUGUGUGUGUGUGUGUGUGUGUGUGUGUGUGUGUGUGUGUGUGUGUGUGUGUGUGAGUGUGUGUGUGAGACAGUGCUGACUAGCUGUCAAAUGUGUGUGUGUGUGUGUGUGUGUGUGUGUGUGUGUGUGUGUGUGUGUGUUUGUGUGUGUGUGUGUGUGUGUAUAAGAGAGACAGUAGGUCUACUUCCCCGGUGCCACAGAGGUCACUGCUUUCACCACCUGCCAAUGAUGUCAAAUGCAGUUUCAAAAGCUGCAGACUGUUUAUUCUUUUUGCAUCUGGUUGUGGCUCACCAGGGCGUGUCCUUUGAUUUGGGAUGUAUUAAAGAACAGGGAAGGCCUUAUUUCAUUUGCUGGGGUUUUACUGAAAGUAGAUCUUUCUUGGGUUUUCUUGGUUUCAUCUUUUCUGCUCCUUCUUUUACUGAAAGCAUUGACUUUCUCACUUGUACUCUCCAGUACCACGUUCUUUGUAGCCAGGUGCAAAGACCAUGUCUCCACUUGUUACCUGGUAUCAUUUGUGCAGUUCUUAGUUGAUCACCUUCAAAAUGCACACCAACAAAAUGUACCAUUGUGGGGAUGUACACAUAAAUUUGCACUGGUUACAGAGAACUUCAGGUAAAUCAGAGUAAAUCAGGCCCCACGUGACCAUAGAUCCUUAUUAGUGUAAAUUAAAGGCCUUUAUUCUAUCAUUGAACCUUAAAUGGAUUAGUUGAUGUUUAAUUGAGCCAGAAAAUCUCAAUUAAUGAAUGGUUUAUUAUUAUUGUAAUCUGGAUAUUAUCAAUGACAGUAACAUCUUUGUUGUUCUAGGGCACCUGGUGGUCCGUCAGGUCGUAGUGGCCAUAGGAUGGUCCUUUGCAAGAAUCAGCUGCUGGUGUUUGGAGGAUUUCAUGAGAGCACCAGGUAAACACAUCUUUGGUGGGCAGCAAGUCUAGUUUCAUGUGACAAGUUCAGGCUGUAUCGGCUAAAGGGUGUCUGCUUCUCCAAUAUCCGGUCACUUCCAAUACAUGGUGAAUCAAACAUUGAUUAAAGAGAUUUCAGUGUUUCAAUGCAUUUUAGCUCCAUGUUCAUUGAAAAAACUGCAAAAACAACGUGCCAAAUGUUGAAAAAAAUAUAGUUUUUAUGAGAAAUAUGUUUUUAGGGGAGACGGAAUAAGAACAGCGUAAUAGUAAAACAAAUAGUUGUGUAAUGAAUGAUUUAGUGUUUCAUAGACUGUAAUAGUCAAUGAGUCCAUAUGGCUCCAAGUUGACAGAAUAGACCGACUGCAGGGGGAUUAAUUUUUCUACAGAUAAAAUCCAAAAACAAUACAAACUGUUAUUAUAAAAGCUUUCACAGUGUCUGUGGACACAAACAGCUCUCAAACUGACUGACUGACUGACUGUCAAUCCAAAGGUGAUCAGCUGAGGCUAACAUCACAAAGAGAUGUAGCUUUAAGUGACCCUCUGGAGAAUAUGAUGCUCCUUUUUUGGUUCCCUCUCUUCUCUCUCUCCACGGGACUCUGGUCGAAGAGACUAAGAGGCAAGUGAGGGAUGCAUGUAUGUAAUUUUAGAAAACCGCUGGGAUGGCUCAAAGGGGAUGAGCAGAAGCACAGGACUGUCUGUUACUUCAGCACUAGCAGCCAUGUUGCUGAAAUGUCAGCAGUGUGGAAAUAUUUUAAACCAGAUCAUGAAAAUCGCCCAUCAGCCAACUGUGAUAUAUGCAACGUUUAUUUCUUUAAGUGGUACCAGCAGAGCCGAGGUUAAUACGACUCAUUCGAUAUGACAUAUGCAUGUAUACAUCCAUAUAUCCACCCACACACAGACCUGCACACAUCCAAACAAUGGAAGAUUCAUCUCUCUCCGUCACAUUUCAAACACUUUGAAGGUCCUCAUAGUUUGUACUUUGUGUUGUCUCCAUAGAGGUAGUACACUGUAGGUACAGCGCUGUUCAAGCUGAGGCUGGUUGAAUCACUGUUAUUUCAAACCACCAGUGAAGAGCUGCUUUUUCUCAUUAGUUUUCACCAGUUUCACCUCUUCUUCUGCUUGCAGGGAUUUUAUCUACUUCAACGAUAUUUACUCCUUUUCCUUGGACUCUUACUCCUGGUCUCACUUAAAGCCAUCUGGUUCCCCCCCCUCUCAACGAUCUGCCUGUCAGAUGACUCCCACACCUGAUGGCAUGGGUGUCAUCAUCUAUGGGGGAUAUUCUAAAGUGGUGAGUGUAUCUCUCUUAAGAUGAGCGUUCAUGAUGUGGCCUUUGAAAUAAUCGUGUGUGUCUUGUGUCAGAGAGUCAAAAAGGACGUGGAGAAGGGGACCAUCCACUCUGACAUGUUUCUUCUGAAGCGAGAGAGUAAAGACGGCCAAGGUACGCGAAGCAUGUCUAACCAAGACCAUUGCUAAACACUGGUUCUAGUAAUCCAACAAGUAUUUUGUGAGACGUGACUUUGGUCUUCUCUGUGGUUUUGUCUGCCAGAGAAGUGGUCGUGGUCCAGAGUGAACCCUUCUGGCAACAAGCCACCUGCACGCUCUGGUUUUUCUUCUGCAGUGGGACCAGCAGGGCGGGCGGUGCUCUUUGGUGGAGUUUGUGAUGAGGAAGAAGAAGAGUCUCUGGAGGGGGAUUUCUACAAUGAUCUCUACCUGUAUGAUAAAGGAAAAAACCGCUGGUUACCAUGCCAACUUAAGGUAAGCUAGGAAACCAUGGAACCAGAGUUGAAAUUGAAGAUACCAUAGACAUUUUCUUAGAUGGACGAGUCAUUUCAGUAAACGUCACAAACAGAGGCGGGUUUAGGAUUGUAGAAGAUCUGGGGCUGACCUGUAUGGCAGAACGGUGCACACACAGAUACUCACGUGUGCGCACACAAACACAAACACACACACACACACACACAUACACACACCCCACUUAGUAACCAUCAUUUAUAUUUGUAUAGCACUACAUGAUUAAUUGGCUGAGAGUAGUUUUGCUGUCUUGAACAGAUUUGUAAAUAGUUGUUAAUAUUACAUCUUGGGUCAGAUUUAAGACUAAAUUUUUACCACUUGGACUUCCAUUUAUGUCUCUGUUAUUUACUUUCAGUGUGUUUGCUGACUGUUAUUGUCAUUAACCUUAAUGAUAGCCAACAGACAAUUACUUUAUCAGUCAGUCACUUGUCACUGAGUUGUAAAUCUGAUUAUUCUCCUACCUGAAACAUUGUUGCUGGGUUGUGGUGGUGCUGAGAAAUAAUCGGCUGAUUCAUACCAUAGACCAUAGCCCAAUCCCAAAACCGCCCUCUAGACACUCGCCUUACACACUCACCCUCCGUUUGCGCGUCCCCGCGGAGGCUCUGCCAUAUUAAAGGCCGUCCCAAACCACAGCGCGCAGAGGGUGAGUGGACUGUUCAGCCCUCAAAUAGCAAGUCUGCAUUGGUGCACACUUACGGCGGGGUUUGCAGGUAGUGCGCCGGUAAAAAUGGAGGAGGAGGAAACAACAUACAAAUAUAUGUUCCGCAUGUGUCCACCUUUGUCUCACUGACAAAAAAAAUUCACAAAAGACGAGGUUUGGAAAGAUCAAUAGAAACUCGGAAAUCUUACUCUGUGCUGAGGUUUGAUUGUGUCGGCACAUGUCUAAUAGUAAAGGGGUUUAAAGACGUGUGGAUCUUGCACAUUUCAUCUGAUAGUGGAGCUGGUCUGGUAGUCCCUGCAGCUCCAGCAGCCAGGUUGCUACUGUGCAUGUCUUGGCUGCACUAGUGCAGUAUGUCAGCACCUAUCUAAUGGUUUGUUGGGCUUCACAUCUCUCAGUGAGCUAGCAUGAGAAGAUGUGAAUCCUGUAAACAGUCAGUGGGUUGACACCUGGCUAGAAUUCUUGGGGGCCUAAACUACAGUUCAAGUUUCACAUAAUGAGGGUUUCUUUUCGUUUUUUGUCUUCACUGAUUGAACAAAUGAGAUCCCAUUGAAGGCUCUGCCACUGUAUUCACAUAGGGUGCGUGUAGCGUUGACUGAUCCCGGUAUCUGGAUUCAGCCACAUUCUGACCCUUUAAGCUGUACUGUAUAUCAGGGAGAAAGGACCAAUCCGAGUAGAGCUGGUGAAACUGACUGUCUGGACUUGUUUUCUAUAUCUGUGAAUGUUGUCGAUUUUUAGCAAGUGCUGCAUUGAGAUCUUGGUCCACCCUCUACUGUGGCUCCUACUCUACUUCAGUUCCUUAUUUGUAGCAUAACCCAGUUGAGCCCUCUUCUGCUGGAAUCUGGAGAAACACUCCAGGAGCGUGUGUGGGGAUUUUCUUUGGCUUGGUUCUUGAUCUUUGAGUCCAGUGUGCUGUCCUCUCUAGCUCAGGUUGUGUGGGUGGAGACAUCCGAUCCUGUCAUCUGCAUCAACACCUCCGACAUGAAGUCAAAAGGGUCUUUGCCAUCCUCAGUUCCCUCGGGGUGUUUAAUAUGCAAAGGCUGGCUCUCUGUGAACUGUUUUCAAGGUCAUCAUGCUAGCCUGGAAGUGACUUGGAGCAUUUUAAUUUUUCAACUCCGCCACAGUGGAGAAGUACAUAUUUAAAAUUGUUUUAGAAAUCAUGGACGUGGUGUCCUCUGGGCUAUAGAGGAAAAGGACCAUUCAGAUUAUUAUCAGGUUAAGUUCAAAGCCAGCAUCUGUCAUGGUCUGGAGGUGUGUUAGUGUCAAUGGCUAACUGUCAUAUCUGUAAAGGCUCCAUUAAUGCUGAAAGGUAUAUACAGGUUUAGGAGAAACAUAUGCUGCCAUCCAAGCCACGUCUUUUUCAGGGACAUCACUCUUUAUUUCAGCAAGACAACAACAAGACACAUUCUGUAUGUGUUACAACAGUUGGGCUUUGUAGUUCAAGAGUGCAGGUACUAGACUAGCUUACCUGCAGUCCAGACCUGUUUCCCACUGAAAAUGUGUGGAGCAUUAUGAAGCCUAAAGUUGUCCACCCAGCAAGAAUGUGAAAGAAUUCACCUCCAAAGCUUUAACACUUAGGGCUCUAUUUUCGUGCCUCGCCGGCGACGCGGCGCAUGCGCGGCGUAAGUGAGGUCCGCCGCGCCGACAAGGCGUUCCCAAGCACAAUUUGGUAUUUUGGUGAGCGGUGCAGCCCAGCGUAAGUAUCCCCCCUCCCUAACUCAGCUCCUCCCAGCGGCGUAAGUCGUAGCAAGGGAGGAGAGAGGGCGGAGAGUGGGUUUAACACAGCCGAGACCUGUUUUCACCAAUCACAUAAGCUCCUCUCCUUGCCUUUAAAUCCGCCACCGGCGAGGCGUAUUACUAUUUUAGUGAAGUAGUCAAAGAGAUCAAGAGAUGUCUGAAGACAGUAAUGCCACACGAUGGCGACAAAGGGCAGCUCCUCAACAAGUGUCACUGUAAGCGCUGCAUUGGGCGUCCUCCACACUCUCUCACAUGAGCACAGAUGGAUUUGGUGUGUGUAAUGUUGGACCCACUGGUAAGACAAACACCCUUUUCCACAAAUAAAGACACUCACAUAAAGUUGCUCAUAUUCAAACCUCACGUGACAAAGGUAGGUUGAGCGCUCAGAUCACAACUUAAACUCCAAUAAUGGCAUUAAAAUCGGAACCAUCUGUGCGUAAAUAAUGCAUCGCGCUCCGUGGCCUGGCUCUUUCUUUCAUAGAUGUUGGCAUAUAAUAUAAAUUUGGCUUACAAAACUGAAUAUUAUAAUAUCCGUAUGUCGGCUUAAAGUAGAUAACGCAUCUGAAACAAAUCAUCUGUUCAGCCGCUGCUGAAGCAGGACAGAGAGAGGACACGGAGACGUGUUCAGGUGGAGCUGUGCGAGAAAUAAGAGGAAGAGGAAGAAAGAAAAGGAGGGAGACGAAUUACAUAUCUUGUUAACUGCAUAAUUUGUGUCUAUUUACUAGAUAUUUAAUUUAAUUUAAUGCGGUUUCAGCUGUGUUGAUUUGGUCAGGUUGUGUGUCCAAAUGCGUGCCAAACGCGCUCAUCAGAUCAGAUAUAGAUCAGAAUAUAUCUAUAUAGAUCUAAAUGUAUGUGCUGACUCAGAUUAUUAGUUGAUGAUGAUUAUUUUUUGCACUGAAAUGUGCCUGACACUGUGGAAACCUGCCGGUGAGGCAUCGGUGACGUAUGCCGAUACGCCGCCGGUCUACCAAAAUACUACUAGACCAGCUGCGUUGCGCCUGCGCUGAAAGCUGACCAGGUUUGAAUCGGCGAGCUUUCAGCGCACUUUACACGCCGGUGGCGAGCACGAAAAUGUCACUGCGCCUGCUGAUUCUGUCGACACGUCCCCCUGCCAUGCCACCACGCCCAGCUUGGCGGAUCUCGGCUCGCCUCCGUGCGCCUCAGUCCACGAAAAUACCAAACUGGCUGUAUGCCGGGCUGCGCCAGACGAAAAUACAACUGCGCGGGGCUCGCUGCCCUCCGCCGCCUCACGGGCGUACACGAAAAUAGAGCCCUUAGUGUCAUCAGCUUCCAAACGCUUAUGAGUGUUUGAAGGAAAUGUGAUAUAACACAGCGAUAAAUAUAACCCUCUCUCAGCUUUUUAGGAACUUGUUGCAGGAAUUAUAUUCAAAUUGGAUGAAUACUUGCAAAAAAACAAUGAAGUAAAUCAAAUUAAACAAGUCAGUUCAUUGUGCAUUCAGAGUAGAGGCUGAAAAGGAUUCCCAAAUUGUUGUAUUUUGUUUUUAUUCUAGUUUUAAACAGUGUUGUACGGGAGCGUAUUGCAUUCACAAAAAAAAAAAUGUUCCGAGAGUUAUUUUUUUCUGUUCUGUUUUUCAGACUAAUUUUUUUCUGUUUUUCAGACCAAUUUUUUUUCUUUCCUGAUUUUCUGACUUUUUUUUUGUUUUGUUUUGUUUUUCAGACUAACUGUUUUUCCUAUUCUCUGGGACGAUGAUCAUUUAAAAACAGAGGCUUUCGUUCCCCUCUGCUCGAUUUAUUGGAGGCAAACAUGGCCCACUUGUUUAGUUCAAUCAAGUUUUACUUUCUUUUGGGUUUGAGACACUGGGAGAUACUCCUUUCUAUAAGUCAGAAAGAUGGAAUCAUCAUAAGUUUGUCUACUUUAUGCAGGCACCUCAGGAUUUACAUACCCUAUGUUUAACAAAUAACAUGCUUUACUCUCAUUGACCCCGUAGUUGAAGUUACCUAGGAGCUGGAAAAUCUGCUGAUUUGGAGCAGCCGCGGUGGUUAACGUUAUCUGAUUGUAUGAGAUUCUCGUAGGAUUUUCAAGUAUCCCGCCUAGUCAGGGGAAAAAAAAUAAUCUGAAAAACAGAAUAAAAAUUUGUCCUAAAAACAGAAGAAAAAAAAUAGUCUGGAAAACAGAAAGAAGAAAAAUUAGUCAGAAAAAAAUAUUACUCAAAAAAAAGUUUCCUUUUUUUGUAAGUGAAUGCAAUACGCUUCUGUAGUGUGUCAACUGAGUUUGAAUUGGGGUUUGUGUGUUACACCAGUAUUUGGCUCAUGAUGGAAUGAUAACUGCAUAACUUCUGUGUGGGUUUGUUUAUUGCUGCUUUUCUGCCUAUCCAGGGAAACAAGUCAGAGAUAAAGAAAAGACGUAGGGGGCAGAAAGGUGAAGCAGCAGUGGAAGGAACAGAGGAGGAGGAGGCAGCAGCAGCGAGACCUCAAGCACCCACAGAGAUUGUCAAGGAGAUCAUGUCGGAGGAUGGAACAGUGAUGACCAUAAAGGAAGUGGUCCCAGCUGGAGAUCAGGAAGAGGAGUGGGAGCAUGAGGAUGAGCAGACGGGGGAUGAUAAUGGCAAGGGUAAUUAAAAAAAACAAACAAACAAACACAAAAUCAGCUUAAACCACAUUUCAAUUUUGAUUUUGGUGAGAAGUGGGUAUUAAAGAAAUGCAAACAGAUGUAUUUGAUAGUGUUAUUGGUGAAGAGAAGGUCAUUGUCAAAAUGCCACAGUAUAAUCAGAGCAACAUGGAGCAAUCCAGCGGAAGGGAAAGAAUGAAGGUUUUUCCAAUGUCUGAGGGGUAAAGUCACAUGAAACAGAUUAGAGAGACACAGACUUUAUCUCAGCUUCUUUUUUGAAGUAUUUUUAAAUAUUUGACUACCAUUGAUACUGAAAAAAAAACCCACACAUCGUCACUUUAUUAAAAUAAGUCAUUUUGUGACAAACAUGAGUUUUUAGCUUAAAUCAUCUCUUGAUAAUGCUGGCCAUCUCUGGUAAAAUCGCUAAAAUCGCCAUGAUCCUUUCAACUAAGGAUUCAGGCGAUUUUGCCAGAGAUGGCCAGCAUUAUCAAGAGAUGAUUUAAGCUAAAAACUCAUUUGACCUGCCUGCAGUUCCUGUUUUUGUCUCAUUGAACAUUUCCUGGAACAUUUUGAACUGUAAAACUUGACUAAAGGGAAACAAACAGUUCAGCAGAUGAAAUGUUCCACCACAAAAAAAGAAUAAGGGAAGCAUUUCUUUUUUACCUUUUUGAAACCUGUUGUUGCCCUUAAAUUUAAAAUGAGCAUUUUAUCUUAAAAAAAAGACAUUUCUUCCUGUCGAUGUUUGAUUUGUGCCGUUUUCGUUUCAAUACGAAGUUUCAGUAUUUGACAAAUCAUUUUCGCGUAUCGUCCAUAUCCCAUCAUUUUUGGAAGUGGAAUUCUUUCAAACAUGAAAACAGGAGAAAUCAGGAGGUGGUUAUACAUGUUAUCUGUCUCCUCAGAAGAUUCAGCCCCAGCUGCUUUGGUGGAGCCUUGUCCAAGGUCCAAUGCCAUAGCAACAACAAGUCAGGGUAAGCUGUACCUCUUUGGGGGUAUGUUUGAGGUUGGAGACCGCCAAUUCACACUGAAUGACUUCUACUGCCUGGACCUCCACAAGAUGGAUCAGUGGGAGAUUCUGGUGGAAAUGGACCCAAGUAAGUGUGGACUGCAUAUGUGAAGCAACAUGUGGAUCAACAAUUGCAUAACAUGCAUCUCUGUUGGAAGGCAACAUGAGAGAGAAGAGGUGUGACAUUUAACUUUGGUCACUGCUUUUUCCCACAGAGACACAGGAGUGGCUGGAAGAGUCUGAGUCAGAGGAUGAUGAAGAGGAAAGGACAAAGGGAGCAGAAGGGGAAGAAGAGUCUGUGGAGGACAGUGAAGAUGAGGAGGAGAGUGAAGAUGAAGAAGGCAAGAAGUUUUCAGUGUCUUAAGUGGCUGUUUUUGGUUUGUCCGUCUUUACUCUGUUUAUUGUGUGUCUGAGCCUGGGUACAGGGUAUAAUAUCUAGAUCAUUAUACCUCAAAUACCAAAGAAACUUGAAACAUUUGAAAAAAACUUGCAGACAAAAAUGAAAAAAAUUAAUUUAGAUAAGAAAUCCUUCACUCCCCAAACUUAAUUAGAAACCAACACUGUCUUCUGAAUAUCUGAAAUGUUGUUUUAGAUCAGGCCACAUUAAUAUAUCAGUUGUUAGCUAGAUAGUUUAAGGUGGAUUAUAGACCGCUGUACGGAAACAAAUGUGCUUUUCAACCCUCAAAUAAAGACUCCAAUUUUAUCAAUCAAUCAGUUAAUCAAUCAAUGAAACUGUUCUCAUAAAACAAAAUUUUUAGGGCAAUAUCAUGCAAUCACUGAUGAUGUCACCCAUUCAGCAUAUGAGGUUAAUGGCCUCUUUUCAAUUCAAGUUGUUUCCUGACUGUUGAAGUACACAGAAGAAUAAAUAUAAUAUUAAUAUUGAAUUUUCCUUCAGGAUCAAUAAAGUUGUGCUUCUUAUCUCAUCUUAGAAAUGUUAAGUUUGCACACACACAGUGCAUCACUGCCUCGAUCUCUGAGGCAAUGGAUGUACCUUCCUCCAGAAUUAAAAAAAAGUCUAAAUAACACAAUUGUUGGCAACUUCAUUUUAAGUGACACUUCUGUAUCUAAUUCCUCACCACUCAAAAUUUCAUCAAGUCACCUAAAUUUUUGAUACACUUGGUUGUUAUGUGUUAACCUUUACUUGAGAGUGUGACGCCGGGUGGUGAUCCUGCUGCAUCAGUGUUUCGAGGUCUUGUGUGGCAUAUCUUGUGGACCCAGAAGCAGACACAGAGGCAGAUAGCAAAUUAAAGAUGUAAUUUUAAUGUCCAACUCAGGGAAAAAUGCACGAGAAAGUCCAGUUUGCUGGCUGGCUGUUGUGUGGGCUGGAGACACUGUGGAAAAACAGAGGAGAUGGAAGUGAGAAAACAAAAGAAUCACAGGGAGCAAAAAGUCACAAGAACUUAGCCGAGCAGAAGGCCAGGAGAAGCAUCUGUACCACUCAGGAGUAAAGACAAUACUCAGGCACUGAGACUGAGGGCUGUUGGCUGCUUCAAGGGCCUUGAUUGCCAAUGCAGCGGAGGUGCGGAGUCUCUCUCAGCCUCAGCGACUGAGGGAAGGGAAAGUGCACUAAAACAACAGUCAAGCUAGACCAGGAACACAAGGAAAACAGGAAGUUCUACCACAAUAAAACUGGAGAUGGCGGCAUCUCACCACAUCUUGACCGUUUAGUCACAACUUCUUUCUUUGACCUUCGAUAUUUGACCCUGUGUAUGACAAAAGAGGACAGGUUAGGGGAUCACUAUAGUGUUUUUAAGUUCAUACUUACAGGACAUUGAAAUAAUUAUGAAAUUUCACAGAAAUCGACCCAGAUUGUUUCACUAAGUAAGUCAUCCCAUUGGUGGUGUUAGUAAAGUUAGCUAAUAAUCAGGUAAGAAAAACUGAUCCUGAAUGGUACAUGAAUGUCUUUACAAACUGCUGUGGCACUCUGUAAUAAAGUUUAAAAAAAAAAAAAAAAAACAACAACAUAUAUGUAUGUAUAUUUAUCUUUAUUUCAGUGUAAUGAUAGUGAUGUCGGACUAAAUUUUUUUAAAAAUCCCACAGAGAGAAAUUUAAAAUGUGACAGUACAAAAAUCUGGUCCAAACCAAAAAUCAUCAGAGUUGAAUUUCUUUGGGUUUCCAUAGCGAUGACUUUUAACCCCUUAUUGCUGGCUAGUCCAUGAAAAUGCUAUUCCCCUUCACCCUACCUGUAUCAUCACAGUGACUUCACUUGCAGGUGUGCUUGUUCCAAAAAUCAAGGGUACAUAGCCUCCUUUUUAAGGGCAUUAUUUGUUUUGGAAGUACAUCACCGUGUAACUGAGUCAAUUCAAAAGUCAAGUUCAAACAAUGGUUUCAGCAAGCUCUAACCUUCCUGACAAAAUGUGUGUUUCAGAUGAAGACCACCCUGCAGUAGAGGAAGGAGAAUCAGUGACUGAUUACCAGAAUCGUACAGUGGAGUAUUGGAUAGGACUGGCUCGUGCCAACAUGGCCCCAGAUGCCAAGGACAAAAAGGUCGCCAAAGUCGCCCUUGCUAUGGCCAAAGUCUUCUUUGAGGACCAGUGAUGCAAUGGCCUCGUCUAUAAGUGACUAUCAGUAUGCAACGGCUAUUUGCGUGUUUAAUUUUUAUUUCUCUGAAUAUAAAUUGUGUAUCAUAAAUGGUCUUGCAAAAUAUUCCACAGAACAAGUUGAAUGAAAGUUUCACUUUGACAAGGAAAAAAACGUUUUCCGUCUAAAAACUGUAAUUUAUACAGAGCCCCUUAAGGGACAUGAAGGAAAAAAAUAAAAAAGGAUUUUCUUAAAUCUUUUACAUGCCCUCGCAAAAGUAUUGCAAGAUCUUGCAAAGUUGUUAAAGGGUUAUAAGUAAAAAGGAUAUCGAUCAGUGUAUUUCUUCCAUGUCAAGUCAACCCAUACAAUGAAACGCACGCACCUGUGGGAGAGGUUCAUUGCAUCCUUUUUGAGAUUGGCCUCAGAUAAAAAGAUAUUCAUUCAGUUCUGCGACACAAGCAUUGUUUUCUUAUAACAUGAGUCAUAGAGGACGAUUUGAAAGAAUUCCUACGGCCAAGGGACGUCCUGAACGAGGACAUUGUGCAAAGGGACAAGGUGGGCAGAAAAUGAGUUCAAAAUAAAAUUUAAUUAACCCUUUCCACAGCUGCGUACAUUCCAGUAUUUUGUGGAAUUGACACGAAAGUAAUAUACUGACCAACAUUUGCGACAUUUUGCAAAAAUCUCGAGAAAGUCCUUUUUUUUUUUAAUCCAUGUCCCUUCUGGGGCUCCGCAAAUUUGAAUAUAGAGCCACUUCUACCCCUUUUUCUCAUUGUACCUAGAUAACAGAGCUUGCCUUUUGGGGUGUCUUUAAUUUAGAUUGAAACAACAGUUUCUACCCUAUUUAACCAUUUUUAUUUGUAUUGCUGCUGUUGUCUUUGAAAAAAAAAAAAUUCUGUGGAUGAGUUAUAAAACUGUCUAAGAUUUUGCUUUCGCUUGAACUGACACAUCCAGAGUUUCUUUCUUUGCCAUAAUUCCAAAAUUUGCCAAAUUCUGGGCCAGUCUGUGUACUUUGCCUUUUAAUAUUUAGCCAAUUUGAGGAACCCAGGCGAGACUAUUUGUGUGUCAGUCUUAUCAGUGAUCAAUAAAAAAAUAUUUUCAUAUGCAGGGUUCUCAGAUUUCCUCACAAGUAUAAAAAAUAUGUGUACUGUACCACUUACUAGAAUAAAAAGUUAUGUACAAUGCUGCUGUUCUAUGAAAAA